ACGUUUACAAAUGGCUGAAAUGAAGAGUGCAGUUGAAGAUUUAAAAGAUGAGCGAGUUCCACAGUGUUUGUACUGGAAUGUGGAACAAGUAGCCGACUGGAUAGAAGAUAUAGGUUUUCCUGACUACAGACUAUGUAUUACAGAGAACAUGAUCAAUGGUAGAAAGCUGAUUCAUUUAGAAGCCUCACAUCUGCCCAACAUUGGAAUAACAGACUU